AUGGACGAUGGAGGAUUCCGCCCGCGAAUGGAAUGGACGAGAAGAUUGAGGACGAACUGGACAACAGCUGGACGCCGUUAUGGGAACGCGCCAUCCCAUCUUCCAUGCGUGCGUAACGGACCUAAGUCUACCACGCUCAGCACAAUAAGAAGAUCGAACAAUAAGGACACCAGAAGACACUCGGACGAACAGUGGCAGAAUGCAGGAAUGGUAGCCAUGAGUGUCAUCCCCGGCGGGCUCGACCACGGGAACCCUAGUGGUUACGCGCGCGCAACUGUCGAGUCGUGGCCCGAAGCUGGACGAGCUGUAUCGGAGCCGUAUGGGGACGCAACAGCUUCGGUAAUGUCGCUUCUCGGAAGCUAUAAAGCCCGAAUCACCAAAGCCGCCAAAGCACUUCGUGAGAAGAUCUCGGAAGUCGAUGAGGCCACCCUUCAACCGCUGGAUCCUACUAUGGAGGCAAGUAAGGAUCCAAACUUUAUUUUGAGUCAUAAAAGUUCACUUUUUUUGAGAUUUACUCUCAUUGAACGUGCUAUUGCGCAUCUACGCACACACAGAGAGAAAGCCGAAGAGUUUGCUCGUCAAAAUCCUGACGAGCAGGGCGAGUUUCCCUUCCUUCAGCAGAUUCAGGAUCAUUGGGACGCUGGUGAACUGGAUCAACUCCUGGAGGAAGCUGACACUCUCCAUGCACGUCUUGAUAUUGCGAUCACGCUCUUGCCGAGCUCGGAAGUUUUGUAUUCUAUGCGUGUUCCGGUUGUUCCUCCUUCUACUUCAUCUGUUAACCUUUCUCCUCAUCCUACCCAAGACCCCAUCCCGACCGAUCAGCCCGCGCAGGACGUGAGAGAGGAAAUCGCGAGCCACUCUUCGUCUAAGAAUCAGGAUCGCCCAUCAGAACCUGAUAUCGCGCCAGCUGAUACCCUACCACCGCGCGCGUCGAGCGCCACCCAAGGAUUCGGUGUCUCCCCCCACAACCCCCCCAACUUUUGGCAAUCCCUUUGUGACUCCUUCUUGCCCCCAGCCGAAUCCGUUCGCAGCAUCGUCUGCUCUCCCGAACCCUACUUCUACCCAAUCGUCCGUGGAGCAAUCGUUGAAACUGCCGAGCUUCGAGAUUCCUACGUUUCACGGUGA